AUGCUCGUCGACAUCGAGUCCUCGUCCAAUUCCGAACUGAGAGACACCGUUACUGACUUGUUCCUGCAACCAUUCUUCACUCUGAGCAGACGCUUCACACAGUAUACACUGGUCCGAUUGUCUUUCGUCAUCUUCCUCCUCCCAGUCUACUUCUACUGCCAAAUCUUCUCGGCUCUUCCCACCAUUAUCCGAAAUUUCGUCAGACUAUUCAGUACUGCUGGGCGCCGCCGUCUCCGCAACGCAUCAGAUGUGUGCAGGCGCGAGGAAAGACACAUUGCUGAACAGCAGUGGCACGACACGUAUCAGUUUCCGAAGGCUGCCGUGAUCUCAGGCUCAGAUAGCGCCAAAAGAUGGAAGACGCCCUUGGUCUGUGUCUCCGUCUGCGGCAUAUCUGUUCGUGUAGCCCACGCAAAACCUGUGUCUUCCUCCCCCGACAGGAAGCAGAUACUUCUUCUCCACGGGAACCCCAGCUGGAGCUUCAUCUGGCGAGAUAUCAUCCAGCCUCUCACGGAGUCGGGUCACGAAGUCUUCGCUGUCGACUGGCUUGGUCAUGGCGCUUCGGAUAAGCCUACAUCAGUGCGCGAGAUCUCCUUCGAGUUGCACAUGCGGACACUUCUCAACGUCAUCGAAAAGCUCAAUCUCAAGGACUUCUACAUCGCAGCACAUGAUUGGGGUGGCUGUGUGGCACUUUGUACAAUUCCACACUUCCCCGCGAGCCACAGAUGCGAGGGGUUGCUACUACUGAACUCAUUCCUCCCAGCUCGACCGAGCGACAUCACACUUCACUCUUACCUCCUAUAUGUCCUCUGGUUUCUGAGCACCGGCAUCCUCGGCCCGCUCCUGCCAGAGUCAAUGGUCAUGCGCUUCAUGGCACCCAACAUCACUUCGACUAUCGCACGGGCAUACUCUUGGCCGUACGACUCUACACCCAUGAGUGCCAAGGCCAGCAUCAACCGGUUCUCUCACAUCGUACCUGGCUUGCCCGACUUCAUCCUGAACCUACGGUCAACCUACCUUUGGCGGCUCAUUGAAGGAUUACUUGGACCAGAGCGCUUCACCAAUAUUACGGCUCAGGCUAGGCUCGCUGAUCGAGACAGAGCUGUCAGGGAUUGGUGGUUCGGUGCGCGCUCUUCGAGCCAUAGUCAUGCAGAAGUCAUCAGCCGCGAAGAUGUCUCUUCUGAAAGCGAUCUAUUGACUACCGUGAACGGCACCACUUCCUCACCGCAAGCAGCAAUUCCACCGAAGAACGUUUUCGUCGUGUUCGGACCAGACGAUCCUUUGUUGCCAGACUUCAAGUGCAUCCUCGAGAAAAGUAUUAAAGUUACUACUUGCAUAAGCCCAGAUUUGGACUAUUCCGAAUCGUCGGCUUCACGGGAGAAGCGCGAGGAAGAUAGUUACCAAGACGCAAAGACGGAGGAAAAUGGUGAGGCGAAAGAGAAGACCCCACGGUCCAAAGAUCCCAAGGGAUUGGAGUUGCGAGAGCCAACCCCAGUACGAUCUAUCAAUUACGAACAGCAGGAGCAGGAGCGGAUCGUCUCGCAGCCCUAUCCUAGGCUCAGUAUUGUCGGAUCCGGGUCGGGUUCCGUGGUGCAAAAUGGGUGGUUGAUGGUCGCCAAUGGCACGGCAGGACACUACCCUAUGGAGACUAAGGGCGCGGUAGAAGUCAUAAAGGGAGCGAUCGAUGUCUUGAUCGAGAUCUGCACUUAUAGAUCUGCCACCGACUGA